AUGGUUCUUCAAAUUGUCAAGGUCAACCCCACUGCCACCAAGCUGGCGACUCCCGUCCAAAAGGACGCCAUUGCCAUCAUCCGGCUUUCGGCCCAACCGGGGUCCGAGAACGCAAUAGUGUUCAACAGCAAGACCAAGAAUGGCCAGUGGCAGAAGGAGGAGCGGAUCACGUUCGCGGGCCGCUUCACCCGUCGCGAUCCGCGUAUCGAGGUCGAGGAUCUGGGCAAUGGUUACCAGAUCAAGAUUGACGGUGCAACGGUGCAUCUCUAUAACAAGCGGUUCCCCACACCUGUGACUGGGCUCUUUUACCUUGUUGAGCCUGAUAACAUUCCGCUGUUUGGUGACACUCUCGCUGUUGAGGUCCACCCGAACUCGAACAGUCUGGGCUUCUUUUAA